AUGUCUUCAGAGAACACUCCACGACGAGUUGCAAUCAUCACGGGCGCUGCCCAGGGUAUUGGAAAGGCAAUCGCCAUUCGCCUUGCAGCAGAUGGUCUAGCCGUUGUCGUCAGUGAUAUCGCGGCAAAACAAUCGCUGCUGGACGCUGUCUGUGACGAAAUCAAGACAUCCCACCCCGACAUUCCUGCCUUGGCGAUUGCAGCAGAUGUCUCAUCUGAGAAAGAUGUGACCACCCUUGUAGGAGAGACAGUGGCUAAACUUGGAGGGCUUGAUGUCAUGGUUGCAAACGCAGGAGUCUGCUGGAUGUCGCCUAUUCUGGAAACUUCCGUUGAGGAGAUCGACAAAAUGUUCUCGAUCAAUUUCAAAGGCACAGUGAUUUGCUACAAAGCGGCCGCAAAAGUCAUGAUUGACCAGAAGCGAGGCGGAAGGAUCAUUGGUGCUUCUUCCAAUGCGGGGAAGAAAGGAUUCCCAAUGAUGUCAACUUAUGGUGCAACGAAGGCUGCCAUCAGAGUUCUAACACAGUCAGCUGCGGCUGAAUUCGGGAGCCAUGGGAUCACAGUCAAUGCCUAUGCGCCAGGUGCCAUCAUUACUCCGAUGAGUGAGGCACUUUCACGAAUUCAACGUGUGCGCAUUGGAGAUCCUGUCGACGUCGCAAACCUGGUCUCCUUCCUUGCCUCCGAAAAGUCGAGCUACAUCUCUGGGCAAACUGUCACCGUCGAUGGUGGUGUCUGGUUCGACUGA